AGUUUUUAAAAAUGUAAUUGAAGUAUGACCCAGGAGGUAGCAGUAGUGCAACACUUUGGAUUCAAGCUUCCGGUAAAAACUGAAGAAGAAGAAGAACUGAGGAACUAAAUGGAUCUUAAGACACUAAUCAGCUGACAAGACUUCUGGAGACGAUGUGCUCAUAAAAUUAGGGAGCGAAUAUUGUUCUGUGUUUUUAUCUGUUCAGAAUGAGCAUCAACAGCAGCGAGCAGGCGGAUGUUUAUUCCAGGCUCUCUGAAAGAGACUCUGCUCUUAGCGAAAACACUCCUCUGUUGGGAAAUGGAUUGGCGCAGACCAGAGCCACUGGAGCCUCCUUCGCCUCCUCUGUGUUCAACCUGAUGAACGCCAUCAUGGGCAGUGGGAUUCUGGGUCUGGCUUUUGCCAUGGCCAGCACAGGGAUAGUUUUGUUUUGCAUCCUGUUAGUACUGGUGUCCACCCUUGCAGGAUAUUCCAUCCAUCUGCUUCUGAAGCUUUGUGACCAAACAGGUAUCAACUCGUAUGAGGAACUUGGAGAAAAAGCCUUGAAAAAACCAGGAAAAGUUUUGGUCGGUUUAGCGAUUGUCAUCCAAAAUAUAGGUGCCAUGUCGUCCUACUUGUUCAUCCUGAAGUCGGAGCUUCCUGCAGCCAUCAGCAGCCUCCUGAAUGCAGGAAACACCGGAAAUGCCUGGUAUGAAGAUGGCAGGCUACUUCUCAUCAUCAUCACAUUUUGUGUUGUUGUGCCUUUAGCAAUGUUGCCAAAAAUCGGAUUCCUGGGUUACACCAGCAGCCUCGCCUUCAUCUUCAUGUUGUAUUUUGCAGUUGUGGUUGUGGUGAAGAAAUGGUCUAUUCCAUGUCCGCUGCCUCAUAACAUCACAACGCUCUCAGACUUUAAGAAGGUAUCAAACCGAUCUGACUCAGAAUGUACACCUAAACUCUUCAUCCUCUCCAUAAAGAGUGCCUACGCCAUCCCUACUAUGGCCUUUUCCUUUCUGUGCCAUACAGCCAUCCUGCCCAUCUACUGCGAACUGAAGCGACCAACCAAAACCCGAAUGCAGAACGUUGCAAACAUCAGCAUCGGUCUCAGCUUCCUGCUCUACUUCAUUUCUGCUCUGUUUGGGUACCUCACCUUCUAUAGCCAUGUAGAGUCUGAGCUGCUGCGCGGCUACGACGUGUACCUACCGCGCGACAUCAUGGUGAUGACGGUCCGGCUGGCCAUCCUUCUCUCUGUGCUGCUGACGGUGCCGCUCAUACACUUUCCCGCCCGUAAGGCUGUGAUUGUGAUGCUGUACGGAGGACUCCACUUCUCCUGGCUGACCCACAUCAUCUCCACUCUGAUCAUCCUGGGUGUGGUGCUGAUGCUGGCCAUCUUUGUGCCUGAUAUCAGGAAUGUGUUUGGAGUCGUUGGCUCAACGAUGUCCAGCUGCCUGCUGUUUAUUUUUCCAGGAAUCUUCUACCUUAAAAUCAGCAGCCAGCCAAUCAAAUCCGUCAACUCCAUUCUGGCCAUACUUCUGGUGGUUUUUGGGUUGAUAAUGGGCGUUACCAGUCUCACUGUUAUCAUUCUCUCGUGGGUGCUCAGCUCUUGAUCCAAAUCCAAACCAGAAAGGGAAAUGUGAACCAAAGAAACUGAAUCAUGAAAGGGACCAGCAUCACCUCAGGGACUUUUUUAUGAUGAACACUAAAAUGUUUAUAUAGCUUUCAAACUACGACAAACUUUUUCUACAUAUUGACUUUUAAUUUUUUUUAAUUUUUCUGGAUUUAAAAAUGAACAAGGGAUGAUUUUACUAUUUUGAUUUUGCACUUUAUGAUUCCUUUGAACUUUCCUGAAACCCUUAAUGAUUCUUGUCCUAACUUGAUGUAUUUCUGCUCUGGUUUGAGCACUAAAUGAAGGGAAAAUUGUUUACAUAAUGAAACCCGGGUUUGCUUGUUUAACCACUAAAAUGUCUUCAUCAGAACGUCUAAGACUCAUCUGUGUAAACAUGUGUUUGAUUGGCAGCAGCGGUUAUGAUGCUGAGAGCCACGCUUUUCUGCGGUUCGGCUUGCAGCUAAUGAAAGCCACACGCUCCGCACGUUUCCAUUCGCUGUUACACUGUUUAGUUCGUCUUUAAGUUGCCUCUCAAGCACUCAGGCAACUAGUCGGCUUUCUGCUUUAAAGAAGAACCACUUCAAUCAGUCUCCUCGUUAAAUAAAAUGCAAUAAAUAACCCUGAACAAACUACAGAUGACAACAGUUGACAGUUGUACAAUUAAACACAGCUAAAAUUCACAUUAAUCAUAACAGUUUAAAAAACAUAUACAAAGCAUGACAAAAUCACACGUGAAACCCUGUACAUAAUUAAGUCUGUCUAAAAUGUAUGUUAAAAUAUAAUAUUUGUAAAGGAAACAG